CGUGCAGCAGCAGCAGCAGCAGCAGCAGCAGCAGCAGCAGCAAGGAGCCCCACGUCAAGAAGGUGGAGAUAUAUCUUUCGGACUUUGGAAAGGAAAGAAUAGAAGUGGAAAAGAUUAAGGGGCCAGCAGUGGACUGGGAAGCUGCGGAGAAGCCGCGAAAGAAACGCUCAAAAGCAGCAGCAGCAGCAGCAGCAGCAGCAGCAGCAGCAGCAGCAGCAGAUGAAGGCAGCAGCAGCAGCAGCGACGAGGAGCCGCAGCCUUCAGCUGAACAAGAAAAGGCGGUGCAGGAAGUCCUCAGGAAGUACCAGGUGGAACGUUCUCGUUACUAUUAUGCCAUUUGCUACGCCGACUCCGCCGAGACGGCGCAGCGAAUUUACGACGAGUUGGACGGCUGCGAGCUGAAUUUUGCCUUAAAUGGGCUGGACAUUCGUUUUGUUCCUGACGAGCUGGAGCUGCCUGCUGCUAACUUGACAGCAGCAGCAACUCGCGAGGAUCUGGCAGCAGCAGCAGCAGCAGCAGCAGCAGCAGAGAGGCUAGCAGCAGCAGCAAACGGCCGCAGCAGCAGCAGCAACGCCCUCAGGCAUUCAAAAGUGGAACUCACUUGGGACGAAAGCCCCAAAGAGAGAAUCAAAUUCCUCAGAAAAAAGUUUACACCCGAAGAAUUGGAUGAACAAGACUUGGAUGCCUUUUUGGGUUCUUCGGAAGAUUCCGAAGAAGACACGGAGCUGCAGCAGCAGCAGCAGCAGCAGCAGCAGCAGCAGCAGCAGCAGCAGCAGCAGCAGCAGCAGCAGCAGAAGGGGUGGAAAAAAAUCACUGAAGAGAACCUGGAGUCAUUUAGAAAGGAGCUGCUCGGGGAUUUCUUCCGAGUAACGGAAGACAAGAAGGAAAAGCGGAAGAAAAAGAAGACAGCAGCAGUGAGCAGCAGCAGCAGCAGCAGAGGCAGCAACAGCAGCAGCAGCAGCAGCAGCAGCAGAGGCAGCAACAGCAGCAGCAGCAGCAGCAGCAGCGGGGCUUCUUCAGCUUUCCCCCUCUUCUUGGAAGAGCCAGAGCCAAAGGCGAAGCAGCAGCAGCAGCAGCAGCAGCAGCAGCAGCAGCAGCAGCAGCAGCAAGAAGAGCUGAGCGAUGAGCUGGACUUGGAGGACGCUCGUUUCAGCCGCGUUUUGCACAGCCACAACUUUGCCCUAGACCCCACAAACCCCGCAUUCAAAGUAAGCAGCAGCAGCAGCAGCAGCAGCAGCAGCAGCAGCAGCAGCAGCGGCAGCAGCAGCGGCAGUAGCAGCAGCAGCAGUAGCAGCAGCAGCAACAAUGGAAGCAGCAGCAGUAGCAGCAGCAACUGUAUUAGUAAUAGUACCAGUAGCAGCAGCUGCUGCUGCUGA